AUGGCCUUCCUCGCCCUCAAAGCCCAGCUGGAGAAUCUCCGCCAGCUCAACCAGAAGAUCACCGCCCGAGAAGAAGAAUGGAGGGCACACCUCGCCAACCGGGUGCUGAGAGCAGCCCCAAUCGACCACACCACGCCGCUCCCCUCCACCUCCCCCCUCGAGCGCGCCCGCCGCCUGGAGACGCGUCUCCUCUCCUACAACGACCGCCAGGCCGUUCUCCAACGCCUGAAGAUCCCCAAGGCGACGGCGAUAUCGCCGAGAGACGUCUUCGCCGUCCAGGACCGCGUCCACGGCCUGGAGAUGGGGAAUUCGGUGUUUUCCCGCGUUGUCGGCCGCGCGGAAGAAAGAAUGAAGGUGUUCGAGAGGAGGCUGACGCUGGCGGAGCGGCAGCUCUCCGUCCUCCUCGCCGACCUCACCACCGCGGGUCAAAAGACCCUCAGCGCGCUGUUCUUCUUGCUGCUCGAGGAGAACACGCCUCUCGCCGAGCAUUCGCCCUUUGCGAGGUUUCUGGAAAAGUGGACCGCGGCGCUGGAGCUGCGCAUCUCCUUGCUGCAGUCGUGUGCCAGGGCUGCGGGUAUGUGUGGCGCCAGGCAGUUGCUGAUUGAAGACUUUAUUGGGAACCUACCAGUGGACGGCCGGGCCUCUUUCCUUGCGUACACGGCUGAGGAGGAGAUGAAGGAGAUUUUCGAAGGAUUGGCGUGUUUGAGCCGGCAGAACGAGGAUGUGGAUGACGCUACUGAUCACCGAUUUCUUCUGCAAGCCGGGACAGUUUGA